AUGGCCCAAGCAAAUAUUAUCGGCUGGCAACGUCUUCCGAUCUCUGAUAAUGCAACCCCUGAGUUAACUACCGAGUCUGAUAUAAGUAGCGACGAGCCGCCAGAGUCGGAAUUUGCAUUCUUAUAUGGCCAGCUUAUAUCUAGCGUUGAGAAGGAAGACUUAGAUAAUGAUGCAAAGUCGAGAAAUUCUGGCACGACCACUUUAUAUCAACCAACCCGCAAGAAUACGGAACUAGUGACGAAUUUCGAUGACCCGCAUAAUACUGCUACAAGUAAAGAGAGGCCUAUAGCCGUGGAGAUUCCGCAGUCAACCCUCGUUAACCCGACAUCAAUUUAUGAAGGCUUCGUUCCGCCUGCUACUGAAAUUCGAGAACGAUAUGCUCUAUCCGAGCUUCUCGACACUAAAAAGACGCGACGGCCUUCACGCGGAAAAGAUGGGUAUAUCGAGUUUGAUCUAGAAGAUUUUUCUAUCUAUUCAAACGGUUCUUAUUAUCCUCACGAACUUAGGCCUUUACAACAUGUCGCAGCCCGGUCAGGCACGGAGCAAUUUUAUUUCGAUGGUAUUAUUCGUAGCGGCGAGAAAAGGUUUUAUCUUAGAAAGGUUUGUUUUCGACAGCUUCCCAUUGGAAAUUACGGCGACAAAGAACAUACUGUUGGCGAUCAAAUUUGGAUACGGUCGGACUUGAAUGAGACACGAGGCGAGGAAGUUUAUUAUAAAUUAAAGACCCCCGCGACCGAGUAUUUAAGAUAUUACGAGCCUUUUCUUUGGAUUGCGGAUCUGACGAAGCACGUUCUUGAUUAUUGCGACCAUCUGAAGAAUCAACGCCAGCGAGCUGUUUUGUACGAUUUCAAAUCGCGAUUUGGCAUUUGGCUCGAACAAAAGCAUACCAAUUCAGCUACUUUCCGACGUUGGUAUUCUACCAACCGAGGAAACGACUUCAGGGGCGCAGUUCUUGCAAACGUUAACUACAUCUGGAAAGAAGCCCAUGGAUUAGACCCGACGAUGGUUACGUGGCAUGAAUUUUGGGGGGAAACCAAGAUAUUGAGUCAUUAUCAGCCUAAUCUAUCACUUAACCAAACUUUGUCGGACGAGAAUAGUGAAAAAUUAGGUCAUAAGAAAGGGAAGCGUGGAAAAGAUGGUCAGGUACCACCCACUAUCGUAACUCCGUACAUAUACGAUUUAUUCUCUCAUAUGGUGUUUGGGAAUGUCCUCAAACGGACAAGUAUUGCUGCUGAUAUACGGAAGAAAAGAAAGACUUUCAUACGGAGCAAUCUGCCCGUAGAGCAGAUAAGUCCUCCUGCGAUCAAGCGGAUUGGCCGGGAUCGUUCAGAAUUUAUUGCUUCAAUUGAAAUAGGGGAUGUGAUCUCGACACAUCCAGAUGACGAAGGAACAGAUACGGAAUGGAAACAGCACAAGUCUAAACAUUACCAAGGGGAGCACUUAUGGUUCGGACUUGUGCAGAAGAUACACCAGUCGCCAAAAGGGAAACGUUCCUUUGAUGUAAUCUGGCUCUAUCAACCAAUUGACACUCCAUGUGGCAUUAUGAAGUACCCCUACAAUAACGAGAUCUUCUUAUCUAACAACUGUACCUGUCAUCAUAACACAGCAAAGGUUAAGGCGGACGAAAUUCUCGCAACGCACAGUGUUGACUGGUUUGGAAAUCCCUCCACCUCUGCCGAGUUUUUCGUUCGUCAAACUUAUCUAUCUGAUGAUUGUCGAUGGACCACGCUGAAAAAGGAACACUUAAAAUGUACGGAAAAUAGGUUUCACGUGAAGACGUCCUACGAGAUCGGCGACGCAGUCCUCGUUGAGACUGAACCCAAAUCCCUUCGACUGGAGGCUUUCAUUAUAGAAGACUUCUUUAAUGAAGGCAAGAAGAAUUACGUUAGGAAUUCCCCCAAGUCACCUCCGAAUGAAAUUUUUCGCCAUUGCUUAGUAAGGGCGUUUUACCCCGAGGAGGAAAUACCGAGCCCGUACGACCACGGCGGGACCGGUGAUAUGUUCUUCAUGACACACCAGGAACUCGAGACAGAAGGAGGAAUAACUUAUGUUCCUCUCGAUAUGGUCUUAGUACGCCAAUUACGGCAAGGCUUCGACCCACUGAAUAUACAUCACGGUAAAAAGUUGCAAGGCUUAGAUUUAUUUUGCGGUGGUGGAAAUUUUGGGCGCGGACUGGAAGAUGGUGGCGCCAUCGAAAUGCGAUGGGCUAACGACAUCUGGAAAGAAGCUAUUCACACUUAUAUGGCGAACAGUGAACCGGGUGUCUGUACCCCCUUCCUCGGCUCGGUCGAUGACCUCUUACUUCGGGCACUGAUGGGCAAAGGCGACAAGAUCCCCCGACCCGGGGACGUCCACUUCAUAUCCGCAGGAUCCCCAUGUCCUGGAUUUUCUCUACUCACCCCCGACAGAACUACAGACGACCAAAGAAAGAACCAAUCCCUCGUGGCUUCUUUCGCGGCCUACGUCGACUUAUACCGACCCUACUACGGAAUCCUCGAGAACGUACCGCAAAUGGUGAACUCAGCCAAACUCCGCGACGCCUGUGUCUUCUCCCAAGUAUGCUGCGCCCUCGUUGGCCUAGGCUACCAAGUGCAAGUCAUGUUCCUCGACGCGUGGUCCUUCGGGGCCCCUCAAUCGCGAAGCCGAGUCUUCCUCUGCUUCAGUGCGCCAGGCCUGCGUAUGCCGAAAGUACCUAACCCAUCACACUCGCACCCACCAGGUACAAAACUCAAGAAACUCGGCGAAAUGUCCUGCGGCCGACCCUUCGACCGACGCAUCCUCAUCUCAACCCCCUUCAAAUACGUCAGCACCAGCGACGCCAUCGGCGACCUCCCCGACAUCCAAGACGCCAAACCCGACUUCUGCCCGGGGUUCCCAGACCACCGUCUCUCCGCCGGCGUCACGCCCCCAAUCCGCAAACAACUCUUCGCGAUCCCAACACAGCCCUGGGAAAUGAGUUUCGCCAAAGCCUGGCACGGCCGUCCGGGCCUCCCGCGCACCAUGACCCCGAUCGAACGCGCGAUGUUCCCCCCCGACGGCCAAGAACGCACAAGGAAAGGCGCUAAGGGCUGGGGACGCAUACACCCGAAUAAGCUGUUCAGCACGAUCGCGACGAAGUGCGGGCCUACGGACGCGCGCAUCGGCUGCUCGAAUCAUUGGUACCAGCACCGGCCGUUAACUGUUCUUGAGAUCCGCCGCGCGCAGGGGUUCCGUGAUGAUGAGGUCCUGGUCGCGUCGCCGGCGAACCAGUGGCGGAUUAUUGGGAAUAGUGUUGCUAGACAGGUUUCUGUGGCGCUGGGGCUUGCGGUUAGGGAGGCUUGGUUUGGGACGUUGUUUGAUGAGGCGAAUGUUACGCAGUGCGGGCUUGCGCGGUUUGCGGGGGUGGAGGGGGUGGGCUUUGGGGGUGUUCAGAGGGGUGUUGGGGCGGGUGGCGGGGAGGUGCGUGUUAAGGAGGAGGAUAAGGGAGAUGUGGAUAUGAGGGACGUGUCGGAUUCGUCGACGGCGGUGUCAGAGUUGUUCAUGCGAUCGACGACUGAUGGAUUCUCUUCUAUUACCCCGGCUACGAGCGUCGGCAACGAGUUCUCCGAUGGGGAGAGAGGUCGCAAAAGGCCGUCGAAGCUGUGUGUCGAAAUCUUGGCUAAGAGGCAGAAGUUCGAAGGGGUGAAUGCUACAUAUUUACAAAGGGAAAGAGGUCUUAUUAGAUACUAG